AUGUUCAAGAGCCUUGUAAUCACUAUCGCUGCCCUCGCCGCUCUUGCUAGCGCACAUGGUCCUGCUCGCAUGAGCAAUGCUCACGAUCACAAGAAGCGUGUCGCUGCCGGUAAUCACAUCUUCUCGAUGACUGUGCCCACUGCAACGGGCUCGCAUCCUUUCACUUUUGCCACGACGAUCGAGCAUAAUGCCGUGACGAGCAUCUUGCAUGUGACCAACCUUGGCCAUUGCGGUGCCAACCUCCUCGAUGGAGCUCAAGUGGUCGAUCACACCUAUUCGAGCGUUCACAUCGAUACUGCUGCUCAGCCUGGCACGACGUAUCCCGUAAUUGAUUUGACGGUCUCCAUCUACAUGAACGAUACGGCUGCUCUGUUCAACAUUGCUUCGUAUUCGCUCGAUGGCAAGCCUAUGCCGACGACCCCACCCCAAGGCUACACAAUGCAGCUCGACGGCUUCCCCGUGCAGUGGACUGCCCCUAUCUCCCCUUGA